GCAUUUCUGGAGAUGGAGUCACCAGAGGCCGCACAGUUAGCGAUCCAGCUUUUGAACGGACACCCGGUGAAAGGGCGGCUGAUCUCUGUCGCCUUCUCGGAAAACAAGAAACCUCACGAGCUUCCGAAAACCAGCGCCCAGAUGCCGGAUUUGGAGGUGAUUCCCUACAAAGAAUUUGGUCUUCCUGCUGGUGGCCCCCACAUUUCCCCUUCUUUAAAACAGAGGGUCUGCUACUCUGUUCCAAUGGAAAUGAGAAGCUCGUUUCUGCUCCAUGCGCUGAAAGACUGCUUCGGAGACGCAAAGUGGCUCCUGUCCGUGGCCAACGUGGCGGGAGAAGUGGGACUUCUGGUGACAGACACGUUUCCGCUGAUGCCAUAUUUCUGGGCGAUCGUCCUCAGCGAGGAACGCCACCAAACCAUGCAGAAACUCUUCAUUGCCCUGGCUGAGGCCGAGUCUCGGUUGCCAUUUCUGGCGAAACACGAGGUCUGGCGGGGGACCCGAUGCCUGGCCGAAUGUGACAUUGGGGAGGAAGGCAGCGCCUGGAACAGAUGCUGGGUUUUGGACCUGAUGGAAGAUCUGGCGGUCGUCUUUUUUGUGGACUUUGGCCGCUGCGCCAACGUCCCUCUGAACUCGCUGCGGAAGCUGGAGGGGGACCAAUUUUGGGAAAUCCGCCCCUUGGCUCAGCCCUUCAUGCUGGAAGAAGACGUUUUUGCCCCGCGCAUGAUCAGGAGGCAGAUUCUGGAAGGAAAAGUGAAAGGUCCUUUUCAAUGGGAGCCGCACGUUUUAAAGUUUGCUCUCAAAGCAGACUAAGAAGUGGUUGAUUUGAGAAGUCCUGGCAGGAAGCUUGAAGCAGAUGUUUCUUCUG